AUGGCUUGUGCAACAGCAGCGGUAUCUUUGCAAUUCUCAUCUUCACUUAUCAAUAAUGAAGCCAAACUAUCUUCUUCCUAUGCUCCUCUCAUGGGAACCCCACUUACCUCACACCACUCCUCUUCUCUCUCCAAAUUAGAUAAAGGAUCAAACUUUACAAGGCAGCUUGUCAUUUAUGCGAAAAGGGUAUCAGGUUUGGAGGAGGCCAUCAGAAUCAGAAGGGAACGUGAGCUUCGAACUUCAACAGCAUCUAGAAGAAGGCCUCCCUUGAGACGUGGAAAGGUAUCACAGCAGCUUCCUGUGCCUGAUCAUAUACAACAACCUCCUUAUGUAAGCUCAAAGUUAUUGCCCGAAAUCUCAAGUGAACAUCAAAUUCAUGAUUCUGAAGGAAUCGCUCGCAUGAGGGCUGCUUGCGAGCUUGCUGCUCGGGUGGUAGACUAUGCUGGAACACUUGUUAGGCCAUCAAUAACGACGAAUGAAAUCGAUAUAGCUGUGCACCAAAUGAUCGUAGAUGCUGGUGCUUAUCCGUCGCCUCUAGGCUAUGGGGGUUUUCCAAAAAGUGUUUGCACAUCAGUUAAUGAGUGUAUGUGCCAUGGGAUACCGGAUUCUCGCCAACUACAGGAUGGCGAUAUAAUAAACAUUGAUGUGACAGUUUACUUAAAUGGUUAUCAUGGAGACACAUCUAAGACUUUUCUUUGCGGCAAUGUGAAUGAUGCAAUGAAACGUCUUGUAAAGGUGACAGAAGAAUGCUUGUAUAAAGGCAUUUCUGUUUGUAAAGAUGGAACUCUUUUUAGGAAAAUUGGGAAGAGGAUCAGUGAACAUGCUGAAAAAUUUGGUUACGGCGUGGUGGAUCGUUUUGUUGGUCAUGGCAUUGGGACUGUAUUUCAUUCUGAACCUCUUAUAUUUCACCACCGAAAUGACAAGGCUGGUCAUAUGGUUGAAGGGCAAACAUUUACCAUUGAACCAAUUCUUACCUUGGGAAGCACGGAAUGCAUUACAUGGGAGGACAAUUGGACAACUUUAACAGCCGAUGGCAGCCCAGCUGCACAGUUCGAGCAUACAAUUUUAAUCACAAAAACUGGGGCUGAAAUUUUAACGACAUAUUGA